AUGACAUUUUAUUUAUUUAAUUUACAAGAGUAAAGUAAAAUUGAAAUCUAAUUGUAAUCUAGAAUAAUUAAAGAUUUAGAGGAUUUUUAAUUUGAAAAUUUGAUACCAAUAUUUUAUAAUUUAUUAAGAAUUGAGAUGAUAUUUUAAAUCUACGAUUCUAACCCAAACUUACAUUUAAGGCUAAUUAAGUAUGAUUAUGAAUCUUGGGGACUUAAAAAUAUAACAGUAGACACUGGAUUUUGCUAAGAAAAUUGCUUGAUAUGUUCUGACUUUUCUAAUUGUUAAUAAUAUAAUACUGGAUUUUAAUUACAUAAAAAUAUGUGUAUUUAAUUAUGUCCUAUUCAUUCAUCUAUAAUUGUGUUGACUAUGAAGAAUUUAUUCCAUGUAUAAGUGAUGUAAAAAGUUUAGAUUCUCAUUAUGUAAUAUUUCAUUAUUAUAAUGUGUCGUCCAUUUUGUUCAACUUGCACUAGUUUAGAUGCAUGUUCAGGCUAGUUCAAAUUGUGGAAUAAGUCAAUAUUUGGAAUUCAAUUCAACAACUGA